GCUCAGCCAAGCAGCCUCCAGCAGAGCCGCCCUGCCUGCCACGUCGGCUGCACCCUACCUGGUCUCUGCCACAGAGCGCCCCCCGCACCCCGGGGCCCAUCACUGUGCCCAGCGGGGCCACCACCUGGGGCCAGAGGAGGCCAAGGGGACCUUCGACGGACAGGACAGCCCGUCUCCCCAGGCCAGUGCCUCUCCCCCGCCUCUCCCCUCCUUGACGCACCCCUGCAUGACCCCUCCCAACCCUUGACUGACCCUCUCGCAUGACCCCCUGCGCCCCUGCACCCCCUCCCUGGGGGCUGCAGCCAUGAAGCCCCCUGCGGGCCCGGAGGAGGCCCGGCUGCCCGCCUCGGACAUCCGCGUGUUCGCCAGCAGCUGCACCAUGCACGGGCUGGGCCAUGUCUUCGGCCCGGGGGCGCCUCCGGCGCGCCGAGGGCUGUGGGCUGCCGCCGUGCUCCUGGCCCUGGCCACCUUCCUGUACCAGGUGGCGGGGCGGGUGCAGUACUAUGGCGAGUUCCACCACGAGACGGCCCUGGAGGAGCGCGAGAGCCGCCGGCUCACCUUCCCAGCCGUCACCCUGUGCAAUGUCAACCCGCUGCGGCGCUCGCGCCUCACGCCCAAUGACCUGCACUGGGCCGGGCCCGCGCUGCUGGGCCUGGAGCCCGCCGAGCAUGCUGCCUACCUGCGCGCCCUGGGCCGGCCCCCCGCGCCCCCCGGCUUCAUGCCCAGCCCCACCUUCGAUGUGGCCCGGCUCUAUGCCCGGGCCGGGCACGCCCUCGAGGACAUGCUGCUGGACUGUCGCUACCGAGGCUGGCCUUGUGGGCCUGAGAACUUCACCACGAUCUUCACCCGGAUGGGGCAGUGCUACACCUUUAACUCUGGCGCUGAUGGAGCCGAGCUGCUGAGCACCCCCAAGGGCGGCAUGGGCAACGGGCUGGAGGUUAUGCUGGACGUGCAGCAGGAGGAGUACCUGCCCGUGUGGAGGGACGUGGAGGAGACCCCGUUUGAGGUGGGUGUCCGAGUACAGAUCCACACCCAGGAGGAGCCGCCACUCAUCGACCAGCUGGGCUUCGGGGCAGCCCCUGGCUACCAGACCUUCGUGUCCUGCCAGAAGCAGCAACUGAGCUUCCUGCCGCCGCCCUGGGGGGACUGCAGCUCUAUCUCUCUGGACCCUGACUUUGAGCCAGAAGCUCCUGGUCCUCUGGGUACCCCCAGCCCGGGCCUCAGCCCUCCCUAUAGUCUAAUGGGGUGUCGCCUGGCCUGCCAGAGCCGCUAUGUGGCCCGGAAGUGUGGCUGCAGAAUGAUGCACAUGCCGGGCAGUGCCCCAGUGUGCAGCCCCCAGCAGUACAAGGACUGUGCCCACCCGGCGCUGGAUGCCCUGCUGCGGAAGGACGCGUGCCGCUGCCCCAACCCAUGCGCCAGUACGCGCUACGCCAAGGAGCUCUCCAUGGUGCGGAUGCCCAGCCGCCCCGCCGCCCGCUACCUGGCCCGGAAACACAACCGCAGCGAGGCCUACAUCUUGGAGAACGUGCUGGUGCUGGACAUCUUCGAGGCCCUCAACUAUGAGACGGUGGAGCAGAAGAAGGCCUACGAAAUGUCCGAGUUGCUCGGUGACAUUGGGGGCCAGAUGGGACUGUUCAUCGGGGCCAGCCUGCUCACCAUCCUGGAGAUCCUGGACUACCUCUGUGAGGUGUUCUGGGACAGAGUCCUGGGUCGUCGCUUCUGGAACCGAAAGCACCCCCAGAGGCCCUCCAGCGCCAAUCUGCUUCAGGAAGGGCUGGGCAGCCAUCGGACCCAAGUUCCCCACCUCGGCCCAGGCCCCAGGCCUCCCACCUCCUGCUCCGCUGUCGCCAAGACCCUCUCUGCCUCCCACCGCACGUGCUACCUCGUUACCCGCCUCUAGACGUGGGGGUGGGGGCACGGUGUCUUCAAGGCCGCACCCUGACACCCUGGAUGUGACCAACCUGCCUGCAUCUUUGCCGC